AUGAUCAAGGGAGUGAGGUUUGACAAGGCAAGGAUUAACAGGGCUUAUGGCCAGAGUCAAAGUGGAGGACACGGACCAGAAGGUGGAAAGAAAGAUGAUAAGGACAAGAAGAAGAAAUAUGAGCCACCCAUUCCAACAAGAGUGGGCAAGAAGAAGAGGAAGUCCAAGGGCCCUGAUGCUGCUAGCAAACUGCUUUUAGUCACACCUCACACACAGUGCAGGCUGAAGCUUCUGAAGCAGGAGAGAAUUAAAGAUUACCUGCUGAUGGAAGAGGAGUUCAUCAGAAACCAGGAGCAGAUGAAACCUCUAGAGGAGAAACAGGAGGAGGAGAGGUCAAAGGUCGAUGACCUGAGGGGGACUCCUAUGUCUGUGGGGACCCUGGAGGAGAUCAUUGAUGACAAUCAUGCCAUCGUCUCCACGUCUGUGGGCUCAGAGCACUAUGUCAGCAUUCUGUCAUUUGUCGACAAAGAUCUGCUGGAGCCCGGCUGUUCUGUCUUACUCAAUCACAAGGUCCAUGCUGUCAUAGGGGUUUUGAUGGACGACACAGACCCUCUUGUUACCGUCAUGAAGGAGUCUGUGGAGCUGCCGCUGACCCAUCCAGAGUAUUAUGAGGAAAAGGGGAUCAAGCCUCCCAAAGGGGUCAUUCUCUACGGACCCCCUGGAACAGGUAAAACUCUCCUUGCCAAAGCAGUGGCCAAUCAGACGUCUGCAACGUUUUUGCGGGUUGUUGGUUCUGAGCUGAUUCAGAAGUAUCUCGGCGAUGGCCCUAAACUAGUACGUGAGCUCUUCAGGGUGGCAGAGGAACAUGCUCCUUCUAUUGUCUGCAUCGAUGAGAUUGACGCCAUUGGAACUAAGAGAUACGACUCAAACUCAGGAGGUGAACGUGAAAUUCAGAGAACCAUGUUGGAGCUUCUCAACCAGCUGGAUGGCUUUGAUUCACGUGGAGAUGUGAAGGUCAUUAUGGCCACCAACAGAAUAGAGACCCUUGACCCUGCUCUUAUUAGACCAGGUCGCAUCGACCGCAAGAUUGAGUUCCCAUUACCAGAUGAGAAAACCAAGAGAAGGAUCUUCCAGAUCCACACUAGCAGAAUAACUGUGGCUGAAGACAUAAGCCUAGACGACCUCAUCCUGGCUAAAGACGACCUUUCAGGAGCUGAUAUUAAGGCCAUCUGUACCGAAGCAGGUCUCAUGGCCCUCAGCGAACGCAGGAUGAAGAUCACCAACGAGGACUUCAAGAAGUCUAAAGAAAACGUUUUGUAUAAGAAGCAGGAGGGCACCCCUGAAGGCCUCUAUCUCUAA